CGACCGAUCCGCGUAGUGUGGCAGUGGUGUUCUUGAAGACUCGGAAGGUGACUCGCGUCUGCACGUUCAAGUGAAAAGUUUUAUUCUCUUUUCGUCCGCGCGUGGAUUCAUUCAAACACACACACUCUCUCUCUCAUCUGGUGAGAGAAAAUUUUGCAGUGUUUUCCCUCGCAUCCAUCCACCUCGCUGCUGCAGCAUUGUCUGGUUGGUGUGGUCCAGAAGACGGAACGCGAUCGCCGACUAGCGGAACCGAAAAUGAUUGGCAGCGACUACGUGCUUGAAGCGCACAAUAUUUACCAUACGACCGAGGUCGACACCGGGGGGUGCUUCAAUGGCGGUGCUCAAUCGGCGUUGGUGCUUAAGGGGGUUCACCUAACAGUGCACAGUGGAGAAGUGAUGGCCAUUCUGGGCUCCAAGGGCAGCGGAAAGCGAGCCCUUCUAGACGUGAUUGCUCGUCGCUCGGAGGGCUCUUCUCGGGGGCAGGUGCUGUUGAACGGUUCCCCGCUGACAAAGUCGCUGUUUCAGCAACGAUGCGGCUACGUUACCCAUUCGUGUGAUUUUAUCCCCGGGCUGACUGUGUCGCAAACGCUGAAUUACACUCCCACCAUUUUGGGAGGGUAUUUAAAGAGCUCGAAGGUGCGUCAAGUUUUGGCGGAUUUGGCACUGUCGCAGGUGUCCCACAAGAAGGUGGAAAACUUGAACAUCAGCGAGAGAAGGCGUCUCGCCAUCGGAGUGCAGCUAGUGAGGGAUCCGGUAAUGCUGCUGUUGGACGAGCCUACGCAAGGGUUGGAUCCGUUGAGCGCCUAUCUGUUGAUCAGCAUUCUUUCCAAUUCGGCUAAGAAAACCGGAUGUGGCAUACUGCUGUCCAUGGAGAAGCCACGGUCGGAUGUGUUCCCGUUCUUGGAUAGGGCUUUGUUCCUGUGCUUGGGAGGUGCCGUCUAUUCCGGAGGGACUCGUGCGAUGUUGGAGUAUUUCCAUGGGAUUGGCUUCCCGUGUCCCCAGCUGGAAAAUCCUUUGAUGUACUAUCUUUGCUUAUCAACUGUUGAUCGCAGAUCGCGCGAUCGGUUCCUGGAAUCCAGCCAGCAGAUCGAAGCGCUCGUCGAACGUUUCGCCCGUGAAUCCCCAAUCCCAGAGGCACCGAUCAACCCUAUCGGCAGUGGAAAGAUCCCGCUGGCGUAUGGAAAACCCGGCGAACUGAAGGUAUGGGGUAUUCUCUAUUUGCGUCUGCUGGCGGCGACCUUCUCCUGUGGCUAUGCCGGCAUGAAAGCCAUGUUCCUGAGACUGUUGGCCUUGCCGGCGUGUGUUGGACUGAUGUGGCUCUUCUAUAACGACGUCGGGGAUGAUGCACAUGGGUUCUUCAGCAAGAGCGGUAUGAUCAUGUCUGUGCUGGGACUGAGCUACGGAGUUGGAAUUUGGUCCACGAUUUCGUUGUUUCCGGCAUGGCGGAAACGAUUCUGCCAAGAGUACUCGGAGGGAAUGUACACAGGAGCAACUCUGCUGGUCGCCUACAACGCUGUGUCGAUUCCAUUCUCGUUCAUCUCGUCCGCCAUCGCUUCAUGCAUACUUUACCCACUGGUGCUAAACCCCACCAAUCCGGAUGGUCUCAUUUUUAUGUACAUUCUAAUCGCACUGUGGUCUAGCUUCAUUCUGGCCGAACAAUUGAGCAUCGCUUUCAUCUUGGUGGUUAAGUCGCAAAUCAACGCUGCCAUUGCCGUUUCGUACAUUUUGGUAAUCUGCUUGACCCUAGCCAGCGGAACUGUUCGUUCCCACAAAGGUCUAUCGCCGUGGCUGCAGGAGAACGCCAAAGGAGUUCACACCAAGUAUGCCAGCUCGCUAUUGCAUUCGACCAUCUUCCACGCCCGCCAAAUGGAUUGCACUCCCGGAAAUGGGGUUGUUUGUCCUCAGCCGGCGGAGUAUCUGCUGGAACGGAUCGGGAAAGCUCACCCACAGGAAACCACGGACAUCGCAGCUUGCAUCGCCUUCGCACUCGGAAUGUGCGCCUUCAACAUGUUUCUCUAUCUACUUCCGAUGCCGCGGUGUGUCCGAAGGAAGUUCAGAGACUGAGAGCGGUAUGUGGAGAUUGGUAAUUUAUUUUAUAAUCAUCAAUAAGAUGUUUAAAGAAUAAUAUUUUAGGUAAUAAACUAAUUUUAUCUUAACUUCAUAAA